CAGAUAAGCAUUUCAUAGUGACCAUGUAACAGAGGUACUGUCACACGGGCUCCCUAAGAGGCCACUCGCACAGGUCGCCUCUGUCGCUUAGCCACAUGUACAACUUCUUACUUGAGCAAUACAAGGUGGAGUACACACCUUUCCCGGUCUCUGCUAGACUCCCUCGUCCUCCCUGGUAGUUCUCUCGCCAAGGUCACUCUACUGUGCAACGACAAACACUUGUGGGGUCAUCGGCGAGAACCCAUGAGCUUCAGCUUCAGGCGGAUAAUGAGGGAUUUCGCAGACUUUUUCAAUCUGAGAAGAAGCAAAAAAAUUGGAGAAAAGAACAUCCACGAUUCUUUGGGGAGAAACAAGAGGAAGAGAAAGCAACAGCUUCAGCAGCAGCUGCUGCUUCAACAACAGCAACGGCAGCAGCAGGGACAACAACAACAACAAGAACAGCAGCAGGAACAACAGUAUGACCAGCAGCAUUUACAGCAGCAGCAGCAGCAGCAGCAGCAGCAGCAACAAAAACAACAUAACAAAAAUAAUGAAGAAGAGAUUGAUGUAAAUUUAUCCCUGGAAAUAUCAGACGAAUCCAACAGCUCUCACAAUGACGCAGAUGAUUCAGUAUUUUCAGGGGACGAUGAUACAUACUCACUCCAAGGUGGCGAGUCACACGCAGACUCAGAUGACAAGCGCAACGAUGGCGAUGAUGACGGGCUAUCGGGUUGUUUCCACGUAUCCCGAAGGCACUCUAAGACUCUUCCUUCUAUUGUUGUAGAAGAUGAACUACGCUUCAACCCAAGUCGAGGCCCAGUUGGGAGCAGGCACAGGAGCGAGUCUCAUGUUUUGACGAGCCAGACUCGUUCGUCUACUAAUGACUUGUUCACCUCUCAUGAACGAGGUCCAGAAAUCACCUUCGAUGAGACAGCCAAGGACACAAGUGGCGGGAGGGGAUGGAACUACUUUCGGCGCCCCAAGAAGACGACAUUCACUGUCAAAUACACCAAGGUCUAUGGAGAGUCUGAUGGCGCCUACAGAAACGACUCCACUCCUCGGGGCCUGGUCUUUGUGUGCAACUUUUCAAAAUUUAAGAAUGAUUUUUACAGUGACAGAGUGGGAUCAGAGAAAGACUUUGACAACAUGAUUAACCUCUUUCAGCAGUUGGGUUACGAUCCCUUCCAUCGUCGCCGCCGUUACUGCGUGUCAGGUUACAUCACUAAAAAGACGUUCAUGGAGAAACUGGGCCUCUUCGCGAGGGAACUAAAACAUAAAGUGUUGUGUUCAUGUGUGGUGAUUCUGAUGAGUCACGGCACAGGCCCCAAGACUUUCGUCACUUCCGACAAUCAGGAAGUGGAUCUGCUUGAUGUUUACAAGAUAUUCGACAACAUUAACUGCCCCUUCCUGCAGGGCAAGCCAAAGAUAUUCAUUCUACAAUUCUGCCGUAGCCGAGAAAUUACUUCAGGAAGGGAAAAAACACUUCCUGAACAGAUGCAACUUAACAAUGAGCAAAUGGAAAGAAUAGUUAAAGAACAAGUCAGCGAGUUCAUGCGAAAGUAUAUUAGAAAACUUUCUUUCAGUACUUUUGUCGCACAAGGCGUAGACAAAAACCAACUGUUUGUCCAAAUUGAGGAAAAAAGCAGACAAGCGUCGCUGGCUUCCCUGUCUUCGGGCAAGGUAGAUCAGGAGCAGACAGAAGAAGGAAGACAAAUAAGCGGCAGCACUCUUCCCGGUCACUACGAGACCGAUACUAACCGAAUCCUCACCAUGCCUCAGGUAGGCUUCCAGCGGUACUCGGAUAUGUACUCCAUCUUCUCUACAUCCCCAGGAGAACUGUCGCACCGCCAUCCAGAGAAAGGCUCGCUUCUCAUUCAGGCGAUCUGCCACGUGUUUGCUGAGUACGCUUACCAGAACGAGAUCGACACAUUGGUGCGACGCGUCUCCACCUACAUGACCAAGACGCUGCAGAAGGACGACCCCAUCACAGUGCCUCGCCAGACCUGCGAGAGAACCAACAAUGGCCUUGACAAGCUCUUUUACUUCAACCCAUACGAAAUGGUUCAGGAUCGCCAGUUUACAAUUUGAGCAACCCACGCAUUAUGAUAUUUCGAGCAAGGACAAACACAAGAGACACUUUUAUAUAUAUAUAUAUAUAUAUAUAUAUAUAUAUAUAUAUAUAUAUAUAUAUAUAUAUAUAUAUAUAUAUAUAUAUAUAUAUAUAUAAUGAUGAAAAGCGUUGUAUGAAAUAUGUCUCAUCAGAAAUCUCGCCACUAUAUUGUAGUUCACAUGUCACAAGAUAAAUCCUCGAAACUACUGCGUGCGUGGCGCCUCUGCUUCUUAAAGGCGAAGAGAAGAAAUUAAAUGUCCCUCCAGCCAGGCAGACGAAGUGGCGUUGAAUACUACUACUACUACUGCUGCUGCUGCUGCUGGCUGAUUGGCCACUCUACUGCUGCUGCUGGUGACUGACUGGUCACUCUACUGAUGCUGCUGGUGACUGACUGACCAAUCUACUGAUGCUGUUUGUGACUGAUUGGCCACUCUACUGCUGUUGCUACUGCUUACUGGUCAUUCUACUGCUGCUGCUGCUGGUGACUGAUUGGCCUCUAAACUACUGUUGCUGCUGGUGACUGACUGGCCACUCUACUGUUGCUGCUGGUGACUAACUGGCCACUCUACUGUUGCUGCUGGUGACUGACUGGCCAUUCUACUGCUGCUGCUGGUGACUAAUUGGCCACUCUACUGCUGCUGCUGGUGACUGACUGGCCAUUCUACUACUUCUGGUACUGGUGACUGACCGGCCACUCUACUGCAGCUUAGCGACAUGCUGCUUAGCGUUCAACCUUCUGUUGCCUCUACAUAGCCACACUGGAGAUACCCCACUUAAUGGUCAUACUACAAUUUUCUUCCUGAAAACACUGGUGCUAAUGGAUUUUUUUUUUUAUUUAUACCGUGUUGGCUUUUCACGGUAAUUUAUGGGCUAAAGGGGAUCCUUUUUGGGGUAUCUCCUAUCUCAAAGCCCACCCGCUAGGAAACCGUUGCCCCGAGUAAGGAAGCCCAACCUACACUCGGACCGUGAACAGGAUUUGAACCCGUGCGCUUGGAGAUUCCUCGGACCACAAAGCACGCAUGGUUCCACUACCACGGCGGAUAGUUACACCAUUACUGUCCCCUUGGAUGGAACCAAUGGUCCUUCUACUGAUGGUGAAAAUACAGCUCCUCCUGGAUGGCCACACUACAGUUACCCUACCGGAUGGUUGAAAUACAACUGAAUCUGAAUGGCAACACCACAUCUCCACUACUGAAUGACUACACUGCUUGAUACCCACUCUCCUGUUGGUUACCCACCCCAUUGUUCUUUUUACUGUGUGAGGCCAGUUGCAUGAUCACCAUUAUAAAGACAGGCUUCAUUCAUUGAGGAGGAUAACAUGGGAAGGGUGUGACAGACUGGAGGAUGAAACAUUGUUGAGGAGAGCAGAGGAAUGGCGCGCAUGGCUGAAGGAAGUGGGCUGUUCUAUGGGGUAUUGAAAGAUAUCAUUAAGAGUUAGUUUAUUAUGGGGAAUAUACAUCCCCUAAAACCCUUCUAGGGAGCACAUCCCCCUAAAUCCUUCUAGGGAACACUUGCCUUAAACCAUUCUAGGAAACACGUUCUCUACACACACUCCGAGGGAAACACUUCUACGACACACUCUCCUCCCGCAUUCCAAAAACACUGAUAUAAGAAAUAUCUACACUUGAGGAUCGUCGCCGUGGAAAGUAUUGCGUUGGUGGAGGAGAGGGCAGGGCUGUGUUCUGGGGGAGGGAGAGAGAGUACACAGGGACACAAGAGCAUAACGUGAAAAGGCGAGGCGGGAUGGGGCAAAACAGCGGGGAACGCAUGGACGAGCAUUCGAGAUCUCUAGUCCGCAUAUAGUGUGUGGAAAGAGAAAAUAUGGCGCUGAAGCCUGUGGUAGUGGGGCCAUUCAAUAAAUAGCGUUGUACUGCUGUCCGUUACUCGAAGACGAUGAGUUAGUUUAGUUUCCUGCACUUCAUAUCGAACUAAUAAUCAGGUAACAGUUCCGUAGCAAGGAAGAAACACUUGAAGUCCUAAAUUGCUAGCUUUCGACACGGUCUGCUCUGCCUAGUAACUUAAAUCACUCCACUGCGCCUAAUGUUUUCUGGCUAGUCAAAUAAGUACUACACAUAACUUUGACGUCAUGUAGCUGCCAAUUAUUUAGUCAUGACAGUCAAUGAUAUGCAGAUGUGAUGGAUGAGUGAUUAUGAUUUUUACCAAAAAAUUAAGAAAAUAUCAAUCUUAUCUUAAACUCUGUAAAGAUAUCCAGAAUAUAACUAACGAUGUGUUACUAAUAGGAUAAAAUCUUCGAACUGCAAAGAAAUAUAAAUUGAAAGGUUUUGUAAGAAGUUUGGUAUCAGCUCAGAGGAUUAAGAAUGGAGAAAACGAUAUAAUAAGAGUGAGCGUGGAGUGUUAGUGUACUACAAGGACACAGGAAUAUGUGGCAAGUUGGUUUUGAAGUCCCUGUAUAAAACAAUCCCUAUUUCCAUCUAUCUUCCUCAUCCAUAAAUUUGUCUAAUCUUUGAAAGCUCCCUGUAGAUUCAGCACUACCAGCCUGACUACUGAGUCUAUUCCAGCCAUCCAUUAUUCUAUUCUAAAAUCCAGUUUCAGUCCUGCUGUUUCUUUAUUUUUUUAUCUCACAACUGAAGCUAUUUCUUUCGCAUUUAUCCUACUGUUUCUUCCUAACUCGUGCUUAUGUAUCACUUUAUCAACAUUAACACACUCAUUUCUUAUCAUAUUCUAGUAUUUUUUUUCCCAGCCCUCUUUCAGAUCUAACAUUAUCAAACUGGAAUUUAUUUCUUCUUGUCCUGUCCUAUUAAACCUGACCCCACCACAGGCUGCGGCGCCCAUUGCUCUCACCCACACAUAUACAAAUAAAUAUCAUAUAGCCCAGACGUAUAUUUACACAUACACGGGGAGAUAAUAUGUACACACCCACGCACAGACGGAUACGAAUAUAGGGCCGGGGAAAGGCAGGGAGGUAAACUCUGUUGGGUUCGAAGCUCCACGUGAUUGAUUGACUUACGAUGUACAUGGACUGACAAUUAUUAUUUAUUUCAUUACUUUUAUCAUUACUGUUAUUGGUAUCAUCAUUAUUUAGUUUAUUUUUAUUUUUAUAUGUAAAUCUUGAGCAGAACAAAGACUUCGCAACUUUCUAUCACAGCACGCACGUUCUUCCUCACACACACACAGGCACACACACACAUACACACCUACGUCUACUAUAACAUUUAACUAUAUACUUUAAAUGCUCUGAUAGUUUUAUAAAUCUUCACUAUUUAACACCAACAGGAUGAAUGUACAUUAUUGUUAUUAUUAUUAUUACUAUUAUUAUUGUUAUUAUUAUUGAUAUUAUUAAUACCGGGCAGGUGGGUGAGAGGGGCAGCUGAGGACUGGAGGAGGAGGGAGGAGGUGGAGGCGAGGGUUAAGGUGUUUGGGGGAGAGGGAAAGGAGGUGGAAUGUAUUAGAGUAGUUAGUCGUCACCACUUUACAAACGACAAUUCACGUGGUUAAAUACUCGUAUUGUAGUUACGUAGUUUGGAAAAGGGCUGGGAGAGAGGACUGACUGGGUAGGGCGAGGUGGGGCAGGAGGGAGAGAAAUGGAGGCUGGCUAAACUGCCGUUAUCACCACAACCACAAUUACCAUAACUGCCUCCACCAUAGCGACUACCAAUACCACCCCUAUAUACUACCAUCGCCACUGCAGAUACCACCACUUUCAGCACCGGUUUCCCUGUCACGCCUUGUCAGGCAUACUCACGCCCUUUACUGCCUGAUUGCUACGGACUCUUCCUCUUCAGCCUCUCAAGUCCCGUCUCUGCGUCUCCGCCCGCGUGGUGGCCAAGCCGGCGGUGGCGAGGGCGGGAGCUGAUGAGUACCGCAUCUCUCUCUGAAUAUUGUAUCCACCCGGCGGAAUGAUCUUGUUUGCCGUUUCUUACCGAGUCCACUAGUCCUGUGCUCUUCCCGGCAACACAUCACUGUCGCAAUUGGAGCACGACACAUACAUACAUACAUACACACACACACACACACACACACACACACACACACACACACACACACACACUUUUUUUUUUUGGUCUUCAUCAGUGUGGCAGUGAGAGAACUAUGCGGAUCGAGCAACUACAUUGGCUAGUAUUGUCUGCGUUGUUUUUAUUCUUGUAGUUGGAUAUCUCUCUCUCUAUUCUUCUUCUCUUGCCCCUCCCUCGCGCCCUUCCCGCUCGGCUGCCAUUAGGGUGUGAAGGGACGUGGGGGAAGGCGCUGCCCCUCCCAGGUUCCCUCACGUGGCAUGGGGAGCGCCUGUAGUCCGGGCGGCGUGGUGGCGGCUCCUCUGUGAACGCCUCACCAUACGCGACAUUUCCUCUCAGGGUUCAUGGCGCUCCCCAACGGACAGCUGUAGGCUUCACUGAACUCUUCGGAAUUUGACAACGUUCCAAUCACCCUAAGGAGAAAGGUGUCUAUGAGUGGCAAUACAUUUUAGCUUCAGGUACACGUACUACAUACACAAUGCGACAUUCACAUACUUUUUUUCCAUUUGGCAUGAACAUUAAAGCUUUCUUAUAUCUUCACUACACCUUAUGGCUUUCAUCUGUGCUGUGUAAUAUGAUUAAUAAACUGCGUUACAAAGCA